AUGGCGACCCCUAGGGUCCUUUGCUUUGACGCCGAGGGUAGGCCCCUCGAGUUCUCUGUCUGGCUCCAGCGUGCGCAGCGUCUCCUAGAGAGUCAGGUUCAGGCAGAUGAGUCCCUUUGGGUGCACGCAUCCGGUGACCUUCCCGCCCCCCCCGCUCCUGCUACCCUAGGUCUUGACGCGACCACUGCGGACAGAAAGCGUGUUGCACAUCAGCGUGCUGACCUGACUGCCUGGCGAUCGCGCGACGCUGCAGCCUGCAUCGCCCUCAGCAGCCUCCUCCCUGAGUCCGAGGAGACCCCUUUCGCACAGGUUUGCACGGCUCGUGAGUUUCUGACUGCGAUUAAGGCUCGCUAUGCUACUCCUUCCACUAUCUCUCUUGGACGCCUGUUCCUCCCAUUCCGGUUCCCUGACCUCGCCUUGUUUGAGUGCUCUGCUCACCUUUUUGCCCACCUGCGCUCGCUUGACGCUAGCUUUCACGCUGCUUGCACUGACGACCAGAUUGCACUGCUGCCUCCCCCCAUGGCGAUCACUAUCUAUUUCAUCGCCACUAGCCUCCCUGACCGCCUUGCUUCGGUUCGUGACGCGCUUCUUCUGAAGCACCCUAGCGAGCUCACUAUCGGCGUCCUUGAGUCUGCUCUCAAGGACGUCGAGAGCAACCUCCGCUCGGUAGCCUCCGCCUCUGGUGCUGUGCCCCCUCCCCUAUUUCAAGGGUGCACUCUACUACUACGACUUCUUCGCGGUCCCGGGGUAGGGGUGGCAAGAGGAGCGAUCAGGGUGCGGGCGGGGGCGGCGGAGGCGGCGGGGGUGUCGUGGCGAGCGGUGGCGGUGGAAGUGCAGCGGCUGGAGGAGCGUCUCGUGCGGUGGCCAAUGACUCCCCUUCUACUGCCAGUGGAGGUGACGCCCGGCUUCGUCUGCCAGCCGCCGGGGGUGGAGCAGUGGCGUGGUACUUGA